UUUUCAGAAAUUAUAUUUUAUACGCAGACAUAAAGUGAGCCUUUUACGAAACAGGACACGUAAUCAAAAAAUGAAGGAAAACAUUUUAAUUUUUUUUCUAAUUUUGAGCGUGGAUGCUAAACAUAGAUCACACAAAAUUAAGCAAUUAAAGAAUUUUAAAGACAUUAAAAAGGUUAAAUAUCUCAGAAAAGAAUAUACUAAAGAGAAAAUUUCCGAAAUACAAAUCAAAUCAAAAACAAUUUAUAUUAAUACACGUGUUGCAACUUUGUUUCUUGCAUGUACAUAUGGUAAAAUUUUGAAGAAAAUACUCUUCAUCAUCAAUCAUUUUGUUCAACAUUGUAAAAAAUCUUUUGAAAAUAAGUAUAAUAACUAUGGAUACUUUUGCACUAACAUAUUUUUAGACACUAUAUAUAAUUUAGUUCCAAUGACAACGAAAAUGAAAGGCGCCAUGGACGCUAUUGAAAGCUUUCAUUAUAAACCUUGGUAUAAUAAUAGGACCACACAUUAUAUUUUUAGUAAAACUUUUACAUUAUUAAAAGAAAUACCGGAGAAUUAUAAGAAGUCGUUAAUUUCACAAAAUGAUCCAUUAUCCAAUAAAAAAAUAUUAAUAUACUGCAAUCGAUUUUUUUCAGAUAGAAAAAAUGAAGUCGAAUUAGACAUAAAUAUGUUUUGCGAAGUAGUGCCAGAAUGUUUGAAAUCAGCGUGGGCUAAUUUAUUAGAAAAAUAUAACAAUAUUUUGAAAAAUAAACAAGAGAUCUAUUUUUAUGAUUUCCUGCAUAAAGAAAUUAAUGAAAUUAUUAAAUCAUCUAUUGAAGAAAAAUAUGAUAAAUUUGGAUUCACUUACGAUCAGGAUACUAUUAUUAAUCAAAUGUUACCACCAAAUCCUAAAAAAAGGAGAUUGACAUCACAUAAAUGUAUUCCAGACCUUAAAGUAGAAACCAUACCAUAAUAACGACUAUACUCAAUUUUUAUUAAAAGAUUAUAUCAUCUCUUAAAUAUUUCUUCUAUUAUUACAUUAUUUUUAAUUUUUGAUUUAUUACAUGGUAAAUAAUAAAAGAAUCACUUUGCAUACUAA